AUGAUUUCAUCAUAUGAGGAUAUUCGCCUCAAAACAAUUGCAGAGAAUAAGAAAAAGCUAGAGGCUCUCAAUCUUACUAAACUCUCUCAAUCCCUUUACAAAUCAUCUUCGUCUUCUUCCAAACCAUCAUCAUCUGUGAAGGAUCGUCCGAGGUUUGUACAACCUGGAGAGCUUGAAGUAAAUAAGAAGCGCCUAGGUUCAACGACAACUAGAAAAUCAUCAAUAACCCCUCCGCCAGUCCAAACUACAAUAACCACUCCGCCAAUCCAAACUACAAUAACGCCUCCGCCAAUCAAAACUGCAGAAGAUGGUGUGGUAGGAGAUGAGGGUGAAGAUGGUGUGGUAGGAGAUGAGGGUGAAGAUGGUGUGGUAGGAGAUGAGGCUGAAGAUGUUGUGGUAGGAGAUGAGACUCAAGAUGUUGUUCAAGUGGCUAAUGAGGAUGGUUAUGUUUCAAAGACCCGUUUAUGUGUGAAAGACUUGGUUGCGAACUCAGAGUCUGAUGGAACAUGGAUAAUACUUGAAUGGGAUAAGAGUCAUCGUGCAGUAGGACCAGCAGCUCGUUUGUUAGCAGGGUAUUUGGGUACACUUGUCAGAAUGUUUAAAGACUUUCCCAUAAUGUUCGAGAGUUGGAAGGCUAUUCCAAUGGAUAAAAAAACAAAGUUUUAUGAUGCAAAGAUAAAGCCCCAUUUUGUUGUUGAUGAUGCGCGUGACAAAGAUUUCAUACUUGCUUCUGCUGGGAAGAAAUGGAAGGAUGGUCGACAUCACUUGUUUCAUAGAUUUUAUAAAUGGGGUCUCACUUUGGAGGAAAAUCUUCAACAUUAUCCAAAAUGCCAAGGCAUUACGGAAAACGAUUGGACCCUUUUUGUUCAAUAUAGACGGAAAGAAAAAACACAGAGAAUGGCAACAAAAAAUGCCCAAAAUAGAGGAAAAUUGAAGAUUCCGCAUACACUCGGAUCUAAGUCACUUGCAAGGAAGCAACAUGAGUUGGAAGUGAGAGAUGGGCGACCAUAUAGCAGAGGAGAAAUGUAUGCAGUUUCACAUAAAAAAUCUUACAGGUCUUUUGUCAAUGAAGAUGCAUACCACAAUAAUGAAAAAUUACAAGCUGCAAUUAAGGAUUCUGUGUCUGAAAAUGAGGCAUUUCAGAAAGUAUUUGGAAAAGAACAUCCUGGAUAUGUUCGUUGUAUGGGACUUGGAGUUACGCCAUCUCAAAUUAAUGGAUCUACGAGAUCGGGGUCUUCUUUGGAAGAAAAUGAAAAAAUAAAGGAAAUGCAAGAAGAAAUUAAUGCACUUAAAGAGAAGAAUUCAAAAAUUGAUGAAUUGAUGGAUGCAGUCGCAUUCUUAAAGCAAAGGGACAUUGCUAUGAAAGAGGAAAUUGAACGCUUAAGGCAAAUGCCAAAUUCUAGCGGAAGACAGGGAUUGGAAUCAUCUGCUGAUGGUAGACGUUCUUCUGAGUCUAGCUACCGAAUUGCAGAUAAUAGAUCAUCAUGA